GUAGAAGCAACAUUAUGGCCAGGAUUUCCUUAAUAAUAGUAGCUAUAGUGGCUGUGUGUCUGGUGGAUUUGACCUGGGCCAUAUUAUAUGUACCGGCGGAAGAAUGGUCUGAGUAUAAGACCACCUAUCAAAAGGACUACUCUAACUCCCAUAUCAGUGAGGCCUAUGCCCAGUAUUAUUAUGCCUAUAACAAGAAAAUGAUUGAGAAACAUAAUGCUUUGUAUGAUCGUGGUUUCCGAACCUAUAGACUGGCCAUUAAUCAAUUUACCGAUAUGCGUUUUAUACACUUUAAUGCUCUAUUCCCAUUGGCUACGUCUUCGGCUGUUUCCUACGAAAAACCACCGCCUGCUGUGCAACCAGCUGGUCCCAGCUACGAUCCUCGUGUUAUGGGUUUCAAGUCUAAGAUCGAAGAUCAGGGCCUUAAGUGCAACAGUGGCUGGGCAUAUGCUGCUGCCAAGUCUAUAGAACUAUUUAGAGCCCAACAGACGGGAAAUAUGAAUCCUGCCUCCCUGUCGGCACAAAAUUUCAUUGAUUGUGCUGGCCGUUCGCAAGCCUGUAAAAACCAAGGACCCCUGGCUGCCUUUAACUAUCUGACCGAACAUAAAAUGGAUUUGCAUUUAGAAAACGAUUACAGAAACGUCAAUCACCAAAGUCAACCAGGCAUGUGUACGCCUCCAAGUGGUGCCCAACAUCUGCAGGUGGAAACUUUGACGGCCUAUUCAAAAAUUAAAAAUGGCGACGAUGAGUCUUUAAUGGCAUUUGUAUCUGCUGGUAUGCCUGUAGUGGUGGAAUUUAAUCCUUCUUCAUUUGAGUUUAUGCAUUAUUCGGAUGGUAUUUUCCAGCAGCCGACUGCACGUAAAGGUUCUCAUUUUAUGGUGGUCAUUGGUUAUGGCACCGACAAAGCUACUGGCCUAGAUUUUUGGCUGUUGCAGAACUCAUUUGGCUCUACUUGGGGUAAAGAGGGCAUGUUGCAAUUGCACCGCACCGGAAAUGUUAAGUUGGCCAAAAAUGCUGUAUUCCCCUCAGAGUGAUCUUA